UCUCCCUCCGGCUCCUGGGCGGAGGCGGAAGCGGAAGAGGCGAGGGAAGUGUCGGUCUCCAAGAUGGCGGCCGCGUGGCCGUCAGGUUCGUCUGCUCCGGAGGCCGCGACUGCUAGACUCCUCGGUGUCCUGUGGUUCGUCUCAGUCACUACAGGACCCUGGGGGGCUGUUGCCACCUCUGCCGGGGGCGAGGAGUUGCCUAAGUGCGAGGACCUCAAAGUGGGACAAUAUAUUUGUAAAGAUCCAAAAAUAAAUGAUGCUACGCAAGAACCAGUUAACUGUACAAACUACACAGCUCAUGUUUCCUGUUUUCCAGCACCUAACAUAACUUGUAAGGAUUCCAGUGGCAAUGAAACACAUUUUACUGGGAAUGAAGUUGGUUUUUUCAAGCCCAUAUCUUGCCGAAAUGUAAAUGGCUAUUCAUACAAAGUGGCAGUCGCAUUGUCUCUUUUUCUUGGAUGGUUGGGAGCAGAUCGAUUUUACCUGGGAUACCCUGCCUUGGGUUUGUUAAAGUUUUGCACUGUAGGAUUUUGUGGAAUUGGGAGCCUAAUUGAUUUCAUUCUUAUUUCAAUGCAGAUUGUUGGACCUUCAGAUGGAAGUAGUUACAUCAUAGAUUACUAUGGAACCAGACUGACAAGACUAAGUAUUACUAAUGAAACAUAUAGAAAAACGCAAUUAUAUCCAUAAAUAUUUUUUAAAAGAAACAGAUUUGAGCGUCCUUGAUUUUAAUAGAGAACUUCUAGUGUCUGGAUUUAAAGAUUUCUCUUUUUCAUUCAUAUACCAUUUUAUGAGUUCUGUAUAAUUUUUUGUGGUUUUUGUUUUGUUGAUUUAGUUAAAAGUAUAUUAUUGUGAGAUUUAUUUAAUAGGACUUCCUUUGAGAGCUGUAUAAUAGUGUUUCUCAGGCUUCUGUCUCUGUGAGAGAUAGCUUAUUACUCUGAUACUCUUUAAUCUUUUACAAAGGCAAGUUGCCACUUGUCAUUUUGUUUCUGAAAAAUAAAAGUAUAACUUAUUCACA